CAGAAAGCCAUAAAUUAUUAAUGCUACAUUUCUGUUGUAAUAUUACAUCUCUAACCAUGAUUUGACACGUUCAAAUGUGGAAUCCUACAUGCAAGAAGGUAACCCCACGUUACCUUAUUACAUGUAACUGGCUAGAAGCCUAGAAAGUGUUCAAAUUUGAAACAACUCCAAGUACAAAACCACCUUUGAUAUGACCCAGUUGAGCCCCUACUUUUAACAAUCCUCCAAAUUUAGUGGCAUGGACAAAUUUAGCAGAAGAACCGCACUGUUUCUUUUUUGGUUCAUCAUCGUCUCACUUCAGAUUCCGUCGACGAUCGGGGAAGGACAACAACAGGUUGAGAAGAAUGAGCAAGAGCAGACUACAUUUGGAAAAACAAUGCAAGAUACAGUCAAUGUGCUCUAUGAUACAAUUUCUGUCCUGCAAAAGUCUCAUCAAAAUGCCUGGGACAAAGUCAAAACCAUCAUAAGUGAAAUGCAAUUGCAAUUUUCCCCUCCAAAUCUAGAUUUCAGGGGUGCAGAUGAGGCAGAUGGAAAGGGUAGCACUGGUGGUGUUGGGAUGGGAGCGAAAUUGAAAGAGGCAGCUCACAAGAGUUUUGAAACAGGCAAACACACAGUUGAAGAAUCCGCAAAAUCAGCUGGCGCAGCAGUGGGAGAGACAAUGCAUAAGACAGCAGAAAAGGUAAAGGAAAGGGUCUCUCAUGAAGAGCCCCAUGCAGAGCUUUAAGAAUUUUUUUAUGCUUAAUUCGUAGAGUUAAGGCUUUUUUGGCUUAAAGAUUUGUUUCAUUGUAAACUUGUAUCAAUAACUUUAUAUCAAAAUGGAGAGUUAUGAAGAUUCAGCAAUAAGCAAAUCAACGAUCUCAUAUUUUACCUUUUCCUUGAAAUAAUUAAAGACAGACUUUCUUUAUUAAAAAGCCUAACACAUGAUCAUGAAGUGUCCGAACUUCCUUCGUGUUAGUGCUCUCGACAGGCCUUGAAAGGGCCAGAGUCUUCAAGUGAGAUAUUAUGCUCCUCACAGAGCAACAAUUUCACAAGUUCCAUUAACCAUUUGCAGACUAAAGUAAAACCAAAAUAAAUGAGAACAAAACAUUUAGGGAUGCUAAAUUCAAUGUCAUCUAAACCUAAUAGAUGCACAAACAUUGGCUUU